AUGAAGGCAUCAUCCAUACCGACCACCCAAAUCGCCGCCGUCAUUAAGAAUCCCGGCCCGGAUGGAACCGUCCACAUCACUAACACGCACCCCGUCGAAACCCCAGGCAAGAAUCAAGUCCUCGUCAAGCUCGCCUUCAGCGGCAUCUGCGGAUCAGAAGUUCGAGCCCUCCUUGGCUGGAGCAACUACAAGCCAGUCGUAGGCCACGAAGGCGUCGGCACAGUCGUCCAAGCAGGCCAGGAUGUGCCCGACUCGAUCCUCGGCCAAAGGGUAGGAGUCAAAUGGCUUCACAGCGCAUGCGGCCAAUGCUCGCACUGCAAAGCUUCUUCUGCCCAUCACUGCGCAACGCCCGUUUUCACUGGACUUCACGUCCAGGGGACCCUACAGCAAUACGUCGUCGCCGAUGCGCGAUACCUAACGAAGAUUCCUGAUGGUUUGCCUGGCGAAGUGGCUGCACCCUUACUAUGCGCAGGCUUGACCAUGGCUGGCGCAAUUGCGGAGCUAGACCGGCAGCAAAUUCCCAGCAAUGGCUGGGUCGUGAUAUCAGGUUCUGGUGGUGGCUUGGGACACAUCGGAGUGCAGAUGGCAAGCAGGCUCAGAGCAUACAAGGUGAUUGCCGUCGAUUCGGGAACGUCGAAGCGCGAUCUCAGUCUACGAUGCGGCGCCGAGGCCUUCAUCGACUUUGAGACGGAGAAUGUCGAGAAGAGGGUCAAGGCGAUAACCGGCGAGGGUGCUCAUGCUUGCCUCAUUGUGUCCGGGUCUGAAUCUGCAUUUGAACUUGCGCCAAGAUUGGUCCGUAACGCAGCUUUAUUGGCGGUCAUUGGCCUUCCACCCGCUACCUUCAAUUUCCCCUUGGCAGCCAGUGCCUUGGCUUCAAAAGCACUUACCGUGACAGGGGUCAUGGUUGGGAGUGAGCAGCAGAUGGUAGACCUUCUUCAGCAUGCGCUCGCAGGGGUCAUCGAUCCCGUGGUCCAGGUUGAGGAGUUUUCCCAAGUGCCUCAAGUGUUUGAGAAACUCGAAAACAACCAGGUAACAGGGCGGAUAGUGGUGAAAAUCCCCGAGUAG